GGAGAAGUUCCUCUUUGAAGAGCCAGAUGCACCAGCACCAUGUGGGGCAGAGGAAUCACUCUUCUCCUGGGUUUGGUCUAUCUCACUUCCAGGAUAAGGACACAGACGUAUGGAGGUACUUCGGUUAGUCCAACUCUAUCAUCUCUAAUACCCAAUAAAUGCCUGAACCUCAUGGCCUGCCCUAUUAAUUCAAGGUGCAUAGAUGCAGAAAGUGAUUACUUCUGUUCCUGUAACCCUGGAUUUUCACUAGCCUCUGGAGACCGUGUCUUCACUGACCCAAAUGAGAUAUGUGAAGAUAAGGAUGAGUGUGAAGAUUCCACAGUGUGCCCACCAUAUGCCAAAUGCAUCAACAGCCCAGGAAGCUACACAUGUAUCUGCAAACGUGGUUUUGUAAUGAGGACUAGGGAAAGCCAGGUUAAAGGUCUCCACGGAAUGGAGUGCCAAGAUGUGGAUGAAUGUUCCCAGAAUCCCCAUCCUUGUGGUCCUAAUAGUAACUGUACCAACAUCAAGGGAAGUUUUACAUGCAGCUGUUUGCCUGGAUUCUCUUUUCCUGGUGGAAAUUCUUGGAUCCCCGGUAGGGGAUGUAAAGAUAUCAAUGAGUGUCUCAAUAAAACAGCCUGCCCCCAGGAUUAUACCUGUAGGAACACCCCAGGAAGUUACGACUGUGACUGCAGUGCUGGCUUCACCUUUAGGAACUCUCAAUGUGAAGAUGUGGAUGAAUGUAUGGAUACCACAGCUUGCCCAACACAUGCUACCUGUACCAACACACCAGGAAGCUAUUUCUGCACCUGCAAACGUGGAUAUAAGUCAAGCACUUCAGAAGUGAACUUCCGAGGCCAAGGAACACAGUGCAGAAAGAUUCCUGUCAGGAGCAAAGCAGACUUGAUGGACAAGGGACAGGUGCAGCAUUGCCAGAGCAAUUCAACCAUGCUCCCGGAACAUACUUCCUUCUGUAUGCUAAUGGACUCCAUCUUCAGUGUUCUGGGAGACAACCACGAGAAUAAGACCACCACUGUGUCUUUAGAGAAAGCUGCUGAGAACUUGGCAUCUGUCCUUGAAGAGACAUCCACAUGGCACAACUUGAGUCAGGAGGGGACCUCGGCCAUAGCAACAGCUUUUCUGGACAGUGUGGAGAGUGUCACAUUGGCAGCUUUUGUUAGUCCCUCUGAGAACACGAGUCAGACAGUGACGAAUGAAUAUCUAGAGAUCAAGAGCAAAGUCAUCCAAGACGACUGCCUGGUGGAAAAUCUAGUCUUGACCUUGUCAGCCAAAGGUGAUUCCAUGAAGAUUGAGUGCAGCACCAUAAAUGAAUCUGUAUCCUCGGGCACAUUAUCAGGUAUCACGGGAGUAGCUUUCACCUCUCUCCUGGGCAUGGAGUCCAUUCUGGAUGAAAAGUUCUUCUACAACCCAGAAGCUAACUUAACCAGAUCUCCUUGGAAGCUUCAGAUGAAUUCUCGAGUCAUAGGUGGCAUCAUCACCGGUGAUAAGAAAGACAACUUCUCCAAUCCAAUCAUCUAUACUCUGGAGAACCUCCGGCCAAAGAAGAGGUCGGACAUAUCCAUCUGCAUCACUUGGGAUCCAGAGAUCGAGGGUGGGCGGUGGAUACCUACAGGCUGUGUGACACUGAACUCCAAUGAGAAAAUUACCACAUGCAGCUGCAAACACCUGGCCAACAUGGCUGUUAUCAUGGCAUCUGGGGAGAUCACGGUGGAUUUUGCCUUGUUUUUGAUAAGCCACGUGGGGAUGAUUCUGUCAUUGCUGUGUCUUGCCUUGGCCAUUGCCACUUUCCUGCUCUGCCACUCCAUCCAGAAUCGCAACACCACCCUCCACCUGCACCUGUGUGUCUGCCUCUUCUUGGCAAAGCUCCUCUUCCUCGUAGGAGUGGUCAAGACAGAGAACAAGAUAGUGUGUGCGAUCAUUGCUGGCCUGCUGCAUUACCUCUUCCUGGCCUGCUUUGCUUGGAUGCUGGUGGAGGCUGUGAUGCUAUUCCUGAUGGUCAGGAACCUUAAGGUUGUGAACUACUUUAGCUCCCGAAAUAUCAAGAUGCUCUAUCUCUGCGCCUUUGGCUAUGGUCUGCCAGGGCUGAUUGUAGGGGUGUCUGCAGGAAGCCAGUGGGAAGGCUACGGGAUGCAUAACCGCUGCUGGCUGAAUACAGACACUGGGUUCAUCUGGAGUUUCCUGGGACCUGUUUGCACAAUAAUAAUGAUUAAUUCAAUCCUUCUGAUGUGGACCCUUUGGAUCCUGAGAAAGAAGUUGUCCAGUGUCAACGCAGAAGUAUCGACCCUCAAGGACAACAGGUUACUAACAUUUAAAGCCUUUGCUCAACUCUUCAUCCUGGGAAGCUCUUGGAUUCUGGGAGUUUUUCAGAUUGGUCCCAUAGCGAGCGUCAUGGCUUAUUUAUUUACAAUCAUCAACAGCCUGCAAGGAACCUUUAUUUUCAUCAUCCACUGUGUCUUAAAUCGCCAGGUGCGAGAAGAGUAUAAAAGAUGUUUCACAGGGAGGGCCAAAUCCAGAACCACUUCUCAGUCAUCGGGGAUCUUGUUAUCUUCAAUGCCAUCCACUUCUAAAUCGGGCUGAAGUCUAUCUUAGCUCCUGAAGAUACCACAGAAUAACAAGAAAAAUGUCAGCAAAGACAAACUCACUGGGAUUCUUUUGUAAACUAUCCAAAGCUUAACAUGGUAAUGGAGCAGGAUAGUCACCUGACCCAGUGGUCAGGUACAUAGAAGACACCUGAAUCACCUGUAUCCCAGUGUGAUUCCCUUUGCCCACUUGGAAGUGAUGACUUCUGCUCCAGAAAUCCAAAGCCACGGGGAUAGUUAAUUCUUCUCUCUUGGGGGAGCAAAGGCCACAUUUCCUGAGUUUGGUCAAUUUUGUUAACAAAUAUUAUUUCUAUUUCUUAAUUUAUUCUUUGCAAAGUAUCUUCCCCCAUCCAAAUAUCAAACAUUUUUUUUUCCCUUUCCUUCCAUUUUCUCUCCCAAAUGAAAAAAAAAAUAAAAAUCUUGCAGUAAAUAUGGGUAGUUAAAGAAAACAAAUUCUCACAUUGGCCUUAUCCAAAGAUAUGAGUCUAAUUCUACAUAUUUAAUCCAUCACCCCUUGUCAGGAGGUAGGUAGCAUGCUUCAUCACUGGUUCUCUGGAAUCAUGUUUGAUCCUUGUGUAUUAAUCAGAGUUCUUUAGUCUUUCAAAAUUCUUCAUUUUUACGAUGUUUUUAUUGUAGUAUAAAUGGCUCCAUUUGCUUCACUUUGCAUCAGUUCAUACAAGUCUUCUCAGUUUUUUUUAACAACUUGCUACAAAUAAAUGCCAACUGUUGCUUGUAUGAUUUUGGGUGAGUCCCUUGCCCUCUGACCUUAGUUUCCUUAUCUCCCAAGGGGGAGUUGGACUCAAUGAUAAGGCCUCAAUGAUAAAUUUGCCAAGAUCUCUUCUAUCUCCAAAUCCUAUUAUAUAUAAGUGACCCUGGGUAGGUCAUUUAACCUUUAUGGGUCUCAGUUUUCUAACUGCAAAAUUAGAGAAUUAUGCUAAUGAUCUAAGGUCCUUUCCAGCUCUUGACCCUAGGAGUCUCAGAUCAGUGAUGAAUAGAACCAUCUCUAUCCAUUACUUUUCCCUCUGGGAAGUUUAUUUGGGGGAACAGCAAUGAUUCUACUCUCCCCCCAAGACAAAUUUUCCCUCUUUCUCAAAAAUGGCCAAGACAACCCAAAGGCUCCACUCUGCUUGCCCACAUGACUUCCCUUCAAACACUUUCUGUUCCAGCCAAAUUGAAUGAUUGUCAAUCCCCUAUUCUAACCUUUCCCUUUCCCUUCUCUGGGACUUUGCUCAAACCAUCCUCAUGCCUACAAAUGGACUCCCUUUCCCACUUUCAUCAGCAUCUGUUAUAGUUCCACCUUCCAAGGCCACAAGGCCUUUCCUUAUGUGUCCAAUUGGAAGAGAUCUCUCCCUCUUCCGAUUUCUCACAGUACUUUACCUAAACCUUGCCUUUCUCCUUAACUCACAAGAGAUUAUAUUCUAGUAAUCUGAGCAACUGUCUUUCUCCUGUUCUUGUUGCUGUGUCCGACUUGUGUCCGACUCUUUGUGACCCCAUUUGGUGUUUUCUUGGCAGAGAUACUGGAGUGGUUUGCCA